AUGACCAGUGAACCUGACCUCGCCCAAUCCGCAUCAAAUGCGAAGCAAGCGUUGAGGUCGCCCCCUCUACCUGGUCGACCAAAAGAAGGUCCAAUGGGCAUUUCUAAUCUUCAUGUUCCUAAAUCCUCACUCGAUCCAGGAUGUUCACAUGGUAUUAGAGCGUGGAUCCUGAUUGAUCUCGUCACGCUGAAUCGAGUGAUGGUACCCUCGUUCAAUUUCGAGAAAAUUCAGAAUCGUUUAUUUUCUCUCUCUCGCAAAAUAUUUUCUUCGAAUUUCCUGCAAUCUCCAGCUUAUAUCUUCAAUAUCUCGGUCGAUUUGAGGUUUUCCUUUGGUUUCGAGUCAGAGACUGUUGUUGUUGAAGCUAGGGUUCAACCUUCAAAUCCUGGUUUUUCUGGAGAUUCUCGUGAUUAUCAAGGCCGUGCUCUUUUCGGUUGCAAAAGAGGCUGUUCACUUUCUCCAGAAAUUGCUGAGAGUGUUCAGUAUUCAGAAACUGCUAAAAGCAUAUGGGAACAAUUAAAUAAAAAAUAUGGGGCAGUUAAUGGGACGAAGAUUUUUGAGAUAAAGAAAGAACUUGCUUCCACUAUGCAAGGAGCUCUUGACAUAGCUUUCUAUUUCAACAAACUCAAAAAAUUAUGGGAUGAACUAAGGGUAAUGCGUAGUAAUAAAAUAAAUGCUUGUGCAUGUCCUAUUAGAGCAGAACUUCUGAAAAAGGAAGAAGAGGAUAGAGUCCACCAAUUUUUAAUGGAUGAAAAACAAAGACAAGUAAAUCCUGGUUCAAAUUUCAGUUCUAAAUCUGCAUCUUUUAAUGUGUCUGGCUUCAACAACAAAGCACCUUUUGCUCAGCCUCAAAGACAAUAUACUCAAAGGAUUAAUUUUGACCAGAGUAAAGGGAACCUGAGUAAUCUGUUUUGCAAAUAUUGUAAGAAGCCUGGACACUUAGUUGAUAAGGGUUACAAACUUCAUGGGUUUCCUCCUAACUUCAAGUUUACCAAAGGCAAGAGAAUUGCAGUCAAUGUGACUACAGAAAGUGAAUUUUCCAAUGAUUCCAACCCAAACUCAUCUGGUUUCACUCCUAAUGUCAAUAGUGGUAUUAUGGUAUCUUCUGAGGGUCAAAUGUCUUCAAUACAUGGUCUAACACAGCAGCAGUACACUCAGUUAAUGAAUCUGCUUCAACAAUCUCAACUGUCUGAGUCAGUUACUUCACCUCAUAUCAUGGCAUCUGCCAAUUUUGCUGGUAUAUUGUUGUCUGAUUCUGUAGUGUCUGGUUCUAGUUCUUGUAUGCUGACACAAACCACCAAUCCUAGAAAAUUAAUUUGGAUAAUUAAUUCUGGUGCCACUGAUCUCAUGACAUCAAAUAAAGAUGUCCCUUUCAAUAUAACUCCUUUAACUAUCCCUUAUCUUGUAUCACUUCCAAAUAGAUAUAAAAUAAAGGCCCAUUUUCUGAAGAAGCCUCUGGAGCUUGGUAGAGUGGAUGAUGGACUCUACAAGGCAGAAGAUGUUGUCUUUCAUGAGCUUGUGUUUCCCUUUGAUACAUCUUCCACUUCUUCAUCUCAUGCCAUACAGUCUCCUAGUCUUCCUCCCAGUCCUGCUUUGGAUCCUUUUAGUGACACUAUUGUUCCUGUUCCUGUUCCUACUAAUGAACUACCUUCUACUUCUUUGUCAACUCUUGCUUCUCCUCCUCCUCCCAAUCCUGCUUCACCUACUAUCAGUGCUGAUACAAUUCCUUCUAUUCUUGAAUCUCCUACUCCUCCCUUAAGGAGAUCUGAUAGACCACACCAUCUUCCCUCCUAUCUACAAGACUAUAAGUGUCAGCUUCAUGUCUCCUUUUCUUGUUCUUCUGUUCAGCCUGUUGAAUUUGAGCCUUACACUUAUACUCACGUAGCACCUAUCCCAUCAUGGCAAGAUGCAAUGAGAAAGGAGUUUGAGGCACUAGAAGCUAAUAAUACUUGGGAUAUUGUUGAACUACCUGCUGGGACGAAACCUAUUGGGUCUGUUGCUGUUAAGCAUGGUUGGUCUAUGUUGCAGCUUGAUGUGAAUAAUGCUUUCCUUCAUGGUGAUCUGCAUGAGGAAGUUUAUAUGAAGCUUCCUCAAGGUCUUUCAAUUUCCUCUUCUUCCUCAUCUGCCCCCUUAGUUUGCAAACUAAAGAAAUCCCUCUAUGGCUUGAAGCAGCCUUCCAGGCAAUGGUAUGCAAAGUUGUCCCAAGCUUUAUGUUCCAGAGGGUAUACUCAUUCCUUAAAUGAUUACUCUCUAUUUGUCAAAGGGUCUUCUGGUGAUAUUGUCAUUCUUGCUCACUAUUUCUUGGGGAUUGAGGUUAGUACUUCACCUGCUGGUGUAUUCUUAAAUCAGAGAAAAUUUGUUUUGGAUCUACUUAAAAAAUAUAACUGUUUGGAGGUGUCUUCUGUUGUUUCACCUUUGGAUUUAAAUUCCAAGUUGAAGGCUGAUUCUGGUGAGUUGUUUGCCCAUCCUGAAAGGUACAGGAGUCUAAUUGGCAAGCCUCUCUUCUUGACUCAUACAAGACCUGAUUUAUGUUUUGGUGUACAACAUUUAAGUCAAUUUUUACAAGCUCCAAGACUGCCUCAUAUGACUGCUGCUCUUCACAUGUUGAGGUACCUGAAGGGUACCAUUAUUGUACUCUCACAACUUAUUCUGAUAGUGAUUGGGCAGCUUGCCCUGAUACUCGCAAAAACAACAUGUUUCUCCUCUGCUGAAGCUGAAUACAGGGCACUGAGCAAAGUGGUGGCUGAACUCACUUGGCUCACAAGGCUGCUUCCUCGUCUUUCUGUUCAUGUUUCUUAUCCUGUUUCUGUUUAUUGUGACAACCAGGCUGCUAUUCAUAUUGCUAGAAAUCCGGUGUUUCAUGAGCGUACCAAGCACAUCGAGGUGGAUUGCCAUUUUAUCAUAAAGAAGUUAGCGGAUGGCUUGAUUCAGCUGUUUCAUGUUUCCACCUCUAAUCAACUUGCCGACAUCUUCACCAAGUCUCUUCCUGGUGUGCUCCAUCAGUCAUUCUUGUCCAAGUUGAAGGUGUUCUCCCCGUCCAACUUGAAGGAGGUGCUGGGCUAUCUGACUAUCUAG